AUGUCGGCCAGUCCGCGAAUCGAGUAUAGGUGGAUUGAUGGAGUCGAGCGGCUGGAGAUGUACGAGCCCGGUGGCUUCCAUCCCGUCAUGAUCAACGACGUGCUGCACAAUCGAUAUCGGGUGGUGGCCAAGCUGGGAUACGGUGGAUACUCAACCAUUCACGACCGCCGACUCAAUCGAUAUGUCGCAAUCAAAAUCGGUGUCUCGUCCCUGCUGUGCUCUCCACGCGAGCCCGACAUUCUAUGCCGUCUGUCUGGCUCAAAAUCUCCCGCGCCUGCCCUCGGGCCAGCUGGCAUUGCGGCUGAAGCCAUACCUGCAAUUCUGGAUGAAUUUGAGGUUGACGGCCCCAACGGGACCCAUCCCUGCUACGUGACUAUUCCUGCGCAGGUCGCUCGGGCGUUGGCUGCCAAAUUGAUCCUCGCUGUCGGCUUUGUCCAUUCGCAAGGCUUUGUCCAUGGAGAUAUCCACCUUCGUAACGUCUUUGAUCAAGCUCCCGUCGACAUUGGAUCGGCUCUCGGUCGAUCAAUUCAGGGACAAGUACGAAGAGCCCGAACUGCUGCCCGUCAGACGGGCCGAUGGACGCCCGCUCCCACCCAACGUCCCGCCCCAGGCUGCGGUGCCUUUGAUGCUGGGUAA